CCGGGUAGUUUGUGGUCAAGAUGGCUUCGUUUCGAUAUGCCCAGGCUGUCCGCCAGCUCAGUACAUCGUCCGUACGGAACAAACUCGCUUCAGCUCCAAUUCAACUGUUUGGUCUGGAGGGACGAUAUGCCCAUGCGUUGUAUUCAGCUGCGUCGAAGGAAAAGAAGCUAGAUGUAGUGGAAAAGGAUUUGAAAAAUAUUCAGGGCUUGCUGAUGACCAAACCCCAAAUUAAAGACUUUCUUCUUGAUCCAACUCUCAAGAAACAAGAAAAAAUUAGUGCGCUUGGUGAAAUCCUCAAAUCGCAGAACAGCAGCAAUCUAACUGUUAACUUCUUUGGAGCCCUGACCGAGAAUGGCAGGUUACUGAAAAUGAACAGCAUGAUCAAUGCAUUCAGCAAACUCAUGGGUGCACACAGGGGAGAGGUCUUCGCUACGGUCACCACCGCUAAGGCUUUGGAUGCUAAGCAGGUGAAGGAAUUGGAAACGUCUCUCCAGGGAUUCCUUAGUAAAGGUCAAUCACUGCAAAUGGAAACAAAAGUUGAUGCAUCAAUCAUUGGUGGUAUGGUGGUUAGCAUCGGUGAUAAAUACAUCGACAUGUCCAUGCAGUCCAAGAUCAAGACUUACACCAACCUCAUCAAGGAGGCGGUUUAAUUACUAUGGACAUUAGGAAAUAUUUAUCAGUUUGUAAAAAAAGUGUGGAAUUUACUUGUACAUAGAAUUAGAUGAAAAUGUGCUUGAUUAAGACCAACUAGAACUUUGCCACAUACAUCAUUCAAUAUGGGAAAACUUUGCUGUUGGACAGGGCCAAUGCGACAGGAAUCCAUGUUGCACACUCCCAAAUCUCUCGGGACAGAUUAAACACAUCAAUAUUCCGUGUAUACGAGACUUGACGUUUACUCUGUGUUGUCUUUCCUCGGUUUGUGCAUGUGGGAAAUCAAACUGACCUCGGACUUAUUAGAUUUAAGGAUGUUCUAAUUGCAGAAAUCUGUUUGAUAUGCUGUAAGUUAUCUGACUUAGGUUGUAUCAAUUACAGAUCAAGCGAGGGAUCGUCCUUAUAAAUUUGCUUGUGUGCAAUCUGGAUCCCCGAUGUAUGGUUUCAAGUUCACCACAAUGGGCUGAUGCACAAGCCAUCAUUUGAAACAACAGUGUACCAUCAACAUCAAGCCUACUAAAUGUAUCACAGUUAAAAUAACUUUAUUUCUAACAAUAAAGAUUUGUGGAAAAAAU